CCGUUCUCCCCUCCCCCGGUGCAGUCUGCCAGUGGUCGGCCGAUGGAGAUGGCCGUCGCCGAUGCACUGUGUACAUUUUAAUUCGUUUGAUUUUAAAGUUCACCAAUGCAUUUAUGGCCGGGGUUGGUUGCCAGUCGAUGAAGAGGCUUUUGUUUUCCACUGAGGGUUAAAAUAAUCACGAGGGGUGGGGGAAAAGGAAAACAUUUUUAUAAAACGCUUACCUCUAUUAUUAACACAAAAAUCCGUUUUGAGUCUCUUAUUAUGAGGAAUAAACGGAAUCACUCGCGAAGAGAAGAUGCCACAGGACCUCAGACACUGAAAUUGUGAUAGCCUCCAGGAAGGGGAGAGCUCCAAUUGCGGUAACAACAGGGAAAGCCAUUGCAAGGUUUCUCCUCAACAAUGCAGAUGCUGUCUAUCAAGAGGUGACCUGAUCGUCACUGCAACAAGUAAAAUUCAGAAGGACAUGGAGGUUAUGGAGAGUGUGCAGAAAGUGUUUACCAGGAUGCUGCAUGGAUUAGAAGCUGUGCUUAUUUAAAAUCUUUCCAGACUACUGGUACAUUGCAGUGCCCAUAACUGGUGGUGACGUGAAAAAUGAGAAAAGCUAGAUUUAUCUUCAAAGGACCUUUAAAUGCAAACCUGCCAUCUGUGGAACCAGUCUACUGAAUCUUCUCUGCAAUACUUCAAUGGCAAGAACAUCCUUUCUUAGGUUGACUGCUUUGAUCGUUUUUUGUUUGAUUAGCCUUCGGACUCUGAUUAAAUUUCUCCACCAAGAUUAUGUGAAAAAUGACAUAUGGGACCUGUACAUGGUGAAAGGUGAAAAAAAUAAGAGUGCCCAGAGAUAUGCUGAAAAAGUACUGGAGCAAAAAUGUCGGCAGUCUUUUGUUCAGCAGCAGAUGGCUUUUCUGUUUCCACAAAAAUAUGACCGUGACUUGCAUCCUUUUCUGGAAAGAAGUUCCAUUUUCCGUGAUGCUGUGUUCAAGUACAACACUCCAUUUGGAUUUAAGAAGUACCAAAAUAUCUUUAGUCACCUCAUUGAUCUCAUGCCCAUAGUAUCAUUGCCAGAAGAACUAGAAAGAAGUCCAUGCAAGAGAUGUAUUGUUUUAGGAAGUGGUGGAAUACUACGGGGAUUAGGUCUUGGACGCUAUUUGGAUAGAUUUGAUGUUGUUAUCAGGCUGAACAAUGCACCAAUCCAAGGAUUUGCCCAUGAUGUUGGUAAUAAAACAACUAUUCGAAUGAGCUACCCAGAAGGAGCACCAAAAUCUCCUUUAGACUAUGAUCCGUACAUGCUCUUUGUUGCUGUUAUGUAUAAGGGAGUAGAUUUCAGCUGGCUGAAGGCUAUGAUCAAAAAAGAACAAGUGUCAUUUUGGGAAAGUUUCUGGUUCUGGCAAGAAGUUGCAAAGAAGGUACCAAUUAAACCAACACAGUUUCGAAUACUGAACCCUGAGAUCAUAAGGGAGACAGCAAUAGAUCUGCUGCAGUUACCUGAACCUCGACCAAAACUGUUUGGAUGGGACCAGAAUAUUCCUACAUUGGGAGUCAGUGCUGUGGUUCUGGCUACUCAUUUAUGUGAUGAAGUCAGCUUGGCAGGAUUUGGAUACAAUCUAAGCCAACCACAGAUGCCUUUGCACUAUUAUGAAAAUGUCCCUAUGACGGCUAUGAAAGCUCAAACUAUGCACAAUGUGGAAAAAGAGAGGCAUUUCCUCGAACACUUGAUUAAAGAAGGUGUUGUGACAGAUCUCAGUGGAGGAAUUCACUGCAAAUUUUGCAUUUGAAAGAAAAAGCACAACCUUCUGAAAGUUUACACAUCUUAAUAAGAAAAAAAUCCUCUUCCAGGAGAAGACGUUAUUUGAGGCCAGUUUGCUUUGGCCUUUUCAUUGCUACCAUUAAGAAAAUAUUGCAGUCUUGCACGUUCCUAACAAGUACGUUCACAGAGUGCUUCUUUCAUCAUUAAUCAAAUGCAGGAAAUAUAAUGUUGAAAGAAAUUUUUUGAGAUGCUGACUUAAUUUGCAUAUUGAACUGAAUUGGAGUCGGUAGGGUUGUGGAAGUGGAUCACUGGAAGGUCUUAAACUGGAAAUAGAUAAAAUUGUCAUUAUGUUUAUGAUAGAUUGAUAUUGCAUUAUUGUGUCCCUGUUUAUCAUUUGUGGACUUCCAUGACCCAUUUUAAUAUCAAUUAAGGUAGUAAUUUGCAAAUGUUAUUUAAAUUGCAGUAAUGAUGUUUGAUAUCUUUGCAAAACAAUAUCCUUACAAAACAAGAUCUUUAAGAUUUAAACUUAAUAUUGGAUCUGGAGAAGGUAUCUUGGUGCUUUGGAGAGUCGAGGGCAAUUUAAAUUCUGUUCCGCUUCAUGUUGUGACUGAUAUUUGGAAUAGCAUAUUCCUAUUUUAUUUAGGUGAUGUAAUCUGGCAGUUGCAUCAUUACCAGGUUUUAAUUUUUUUUAAAACACACACCAUAGUCCAGUAAGUCAGCUGGCAGAUUCUUUUCAUAUCCAAAAUUCUCACUGAGCCAUUUUAGACUUUUAACUGUGGUUGUCUGAUAGGCACUUUCUAUUGCUUUCUAGAUGGCAGCUGUAGUGGUCUAGACAAAUCAAAGUUAAAUUUAUUUCAUGCUCCUUGUAUGUUGAGUUGAUGCAUGGAAAUAUUAAUUUUUUCCCUUGAAGUAAUUUUGUAACAAAUCCUGUGGAGUAAGAGUGGUCUUCAGUGGUAGUAGAAAAAAAGCUGAUAGCAAAUCAGCAGUCUGUUUUGCAUCCCAUUUUGAGUUUGUGUAAGGAGCAGUGGAUGUAAAAUAGACUGCAGAAUGGUUAUCAUCUGUUUGAUACCACUAUUACUGUCAAUUUCAUGACAUGAAAGGUUUAAAUGUUACCAAAGAAAUCUAGUGAAAGUUGGUGGUUAUUCCAUGGUUAGAAAAAUAAAGGAUUUAAAUUUAGAUAACUUCUGCAUCAUGAGAAAAAUCUUAGGCAACAAAAUCUUAAUUAAACACAAGUUUUUUUUAAACUGUUUUCUGCAGAUAGAUUACAGAUAAAAUCAAAUACUAAUCAGUGUUGUAUAAGUUACACAUGCACAGACACAGUCAUUAAUGCUAAAUGCAUGACUUAAUGAAAGCAAUUUUCUUUCACACUUUUGACUGGAUGGAACAUUUUUGUGAUAUUCCAUCUUGUAGAGGAUAAUAUUUUGGGCAUUAUUUAUUGGCAUUGAUUUAAAAGAAAAUCUUGUUUUCAUUUUUUAAUUAUACUUUUGUAAAUUACUUAGGAUAAUGAAAUUCUUGUCAAUUUGAGAGAUUUUACCUAAUACUUGAGUUCUGUAUGGCAGUGAAAGGAUACUCUUUCACUUGGUAUUUCUCUUUUCACUUAAAUUUUCAAAUAAGGCCAACAAAUCAAGGAAAUAGUGAUGCACUGUUAGUUGCAUCUUAAAAUUUCUGCUUUAGUGGAGAUGUUAUUGCUGGAACUGUUAUCAAUACGUGUGAAAAAACUACUGAUGGUCAUGAAUUUUGUACCAAAAUAUUUUGUAAUGCAGUGAAUAAUUGGUCAUUGUAAUUUGGGCAGAAACAAGUAGGGCUCAUCCACUGGAAGAGCAAGUACAUUUCAAGAAAAAAUCAUUUUAUAGGCAAAGCCUGAAAAGAUCAUACCUUUACCACUUAGAUGCCAAUACAAUCAAAAGCAGUGUGAUCUUCCCAGUUUUACCUGGUAUUCCACUGUUUCCUGUUUAAAUCUUGUAUAUUUCACCAUUUUACCUUUAUUAGUUUGUAAAGUGUUACCUGGCAGUUACCCAUCUUUAUACCUCCAUAUAUCAUGUAUCGUCCUGUGAGUGAAAACUGUUCCCAAUUGUCUGCCAAUACUUAUAAUUUAAAAUGUAUCAUCUUAGCAUGUCUCUCUGACAACUAGGUUGAAAUGGAAUGAUCAGUGCACUUGGUUCUUGAUUAUUCAGAUUGAAAGCUUGUAUUUAAUGAAUAAAUUUUAAAUUGACCUUUUGCUUGAAUUUCCGGGUGAACAUCAUAUUACAACUUCACUGUUUAUCAUGUAAUAGGUCAUAAAAUAAGUAAGUAAUCAGUUCGAGGGAAGAUUGUUAUACUUCCACAUUGGAAAUGUAUGCCAGCAGCUAACACUUUCAAAUGCAACUCUUUAUCCUUUAUCUGGUCCUCAUAAUAGCACACACUUUCUUAACUUCAGACCACCAGUAUCCUAAAUCUCUUGACAAACUUGGUUAUCUAAUUUGCCUAGAAUGUGUCUUUCAGUUGCUGAGGAUGAACUGGAGUUUUUAAACCUUGCAGCAUUGGAUAUAUUUUACAAAUCUCUAGCAAUGAGGAUACAAGAUUACAGUUUUGGACAAACCAUGAAAAUUACUAAAAGUUCUCAAUUUUUUAAUCUUAUUUGAAUGUUGAAGAUGUUGACUAAUUCCUUCUGAAUAGAGUGGACUGCUGACUUUUAUUGCUUGAUCUGCAAAGACUGUAUCAAUGAGCUCCCUGAAGAAGCUUGGACAACUGUUCAUGAGACUCUUGGAAAAACUAACUUCUUGAUAUUUCCCAAAUUUAUUACUCUGUGGGAUAGCUUUUACUCCAGGUGCAGGGCUAAUUGCAGGUUCUAUCACAGUGAAGGGUUUCUGGUAAAUGCAUCUAUCGUGCUAAGAUAAUUUGUAAAAUUGGGAAGUGAUGAAAAUUUAAACAUGACCCAGUGAUGUAUUCUCAGCAGGUUUUGUAUAGUAAUGAUUGUGACAUAGGUUUUCCUCUCAACUUGCUUUUCACUAAAUUAUAUCUGUGUUAUGGGUUGCGGUAGUAAGAAUUUGUUUUAGAUAGCAAACUAAACUGGAAUAGAGAAUAUUUGCAUGUUCAUUAUGUUAAAACAUCAGUUGGGAGCGUUGCAUUUGAUGUACAUUUACUUAACAAUAUAAAAACUAAUGUAUUUGCCUUUUUAGAAUUGUCAUGUGAUAAAUUAUUUUUCUAAUUAGGCACCAGAGUUCAUACUUCAAUUCUUAGUGGAUGAAAUAUUUGAUUUCCUUUUUUUAUGCUUUAUAAAUGGAAGCACUAGAUAAUUUAGGUUCAAUAUUUUCUCAACAGCAACAGGUAACUAUCUGGAUACUGGCUAUUAAUUGCUAUAAAGUGGAAAGACUAGCAAGUUAAGAGGCAAAAUGAUCAGAACUUCUUAAUCUAUUAGUUUUGAGCCUGGAGUUGCAAUUGUUAAUCUGCACCUUUUUGAAAUUCUCAUUUGCUACUUGUUGACAGACAGAAUUCCAAAAGUGCACUGAUGUUUUUUAAGCAGCAGCUGGAUAGAGAACAAAUUUAAGAUUAAAUUUAAAAUUGUCCUAAUCUCUGUUAUAAUUGUAAUAAGAAUGUCCAUUACUUCUGUUUUUACAUUGUACCUUCCUAAACAAAAUACCUUUUUAAUAAAGAAAAACAA